AGAUCAGGCCAUUUCAUUAGGUAUACCUGCUAUCUCGUUACAAAUACUGGCAUUAUUUCAUGACCAUGGCACUUACAGCUGUCCUGGCUGUUGUGGUCGCUUUGUGUUUAAAAAGCAGCACUGGUGCAGACAAACCACACAUUGUCUUCAUUGUGGCCGAUGACCUUGGCUGGAAUGAUGUUGGUUGGAUUAACCCCGACAUCAAGACCCCGACACUUGACCGUCUCGCCCGUAGCGGCGUCAUCCUUAACUCCUCUUAUGUCCAGCCGCUGUGUUCCCCCUCCAGAAACUGCUUCAUGUCAGGCAAGUUUCCCUACCACACAGGGCUCCAGGACAGUGUGGUCUUCAUAGAGAAGCCCAAGUACAUGCCAGCGGACCUGAUCACCAUCCCACAGAGGCUGAAGACCCUCAGCUAUGAUACCCACAUGGUCGGCAAAUGGCACCUAGGUUUCUGUAAUUGGAAGUACACGCCAACCUACAGAGGCUUUGACACCUUUAUGGGCUACUAUGCAGGUACAGAGGACUACUUCACACAUGUCAGGGACGAGGUGGCUGAUUACUAUGGAUAUGACUUCAGGAACAUGACGGAUGUUUACAAGGGCGCUCAAGGGGAAUACUCCACAUACGUGUUUGCAAAGAGAGCCAUUGAUAUCAUAAUGAACCACGACAAGUCCAAGCCGAUGUAUCUAUAUCUGCCGUUUCAAGCUGUACAUGGGCCACUGCAGGUGCCCGUCAAAUAUUCAGACCGAUACAGCCACAUUCAUGACUUAAAUAGGAUGGUUUACAGUGGCAUGGUUAGCGCUUUAGACGAUGCUGUGUACAACAUCACCACUGUCCUUGAGGACCUUGGAUUCAUGGACAACCUACUUCUUGUGUUUACAACAGACAAUGGUGGACCUCCUACAAAAGGUGCCAAUAAUUGGCCUCUGAGGGGUGGAAAAAACACACUAUGGGAGGGAGGUACCAGGGGAGCGGGUUUCGUCUACAGCAAGACUCUGCUAAAAAAGAAAGGUUACACUCACCCUGGUCUGUUCCACGCUGUGGACUGGUACCCCACGUUACUGGACAUAGCAGGGGGAGACUCCAGCCAACUGGACAUUGAUGGGUUGAGUCAAGUCGACAUGAUCCUCAAUGGAGACAGCAGCGUUAGGAAUCAAUUUGUCUACAACAUCUAUGACGACCACUAUGCUGCAGCUCUCAGGUGGGGAGACCUGAAGUUGAUUGUUGGUAACCCUGGAUACUCGGGAUGGUACCCUCCCGCUGGUUUUGACUUCCCAAUCAUGGAUGACACUCCCCUCCCCAGUGUCAUGCUGUACAAUAUCAGCGCCGACCCAACAGAGCACCAGGACAUUUCCAAGGACAACCCCGACCUUGUCAACUUUCUGCUGCAGAUGCUUGCCCGGAAGAAUGGGACUCGGGUGCCUGCAAUGGACCCACCCUCUGACCCUCGAUCUAACCCAGUCAACUUCAACGGUAGCUGGAGCCCCGGCUGGUGCUAGAAACUACUUCGAUAUAGUCACGUGACGUGAUUAUUUUGUAUCUGAUUUGCUUGAUUAUACGUAAUUCCUGUCUAAAACCGGAUC